UCAUGAGAAUGCGUUAGUUUUGAACAGGGUGCAAAAUAUUUUGUUUUUAUAUUUUGCUGUGAUAUUGUUCUUCAUCAAAUUUCAUCACACUUGUGAACUCAAAAUUAUUUCUGUUGAAAAUAAGCGAUGAAUUGGGUCACCCUCAUCACUGGGUUAGAAUUUUUGUAAUCAUCACUGUGAAAUUACCAUUCUCUACACAAUCGUGACGUAAGAUUGGAUUAUUCCCAUGUUAAGGUUAGUGCAAGCUUUGAGAAUCUGUGUGCGAUUGAUAAGAAUUUUAAAGGAACAACAAAAGUAUUGAGCGAUGAUCGAGUAUUUCUCCCUCUCAAUCGAGUAACCAGUGUGUCUCGUUUGCUCAAACUCAUAAAGUGUACCAUAAUUUGCAUCUUUCGAUCAUCAAAAUGGUUAAAAUUGUGUUUUUGCUGUUACUGAUUAUUGUACAGUACUCUUCUGGGCAUCCACCGCGAGUUAAGCGGCAAUUUUCGUUGAACCUAGGAGCCACACAUCAAGAAGGCGAAGGUACAGAUGUGACAGCUGAAGCAAUUGCUCGAUUGUGGCGCAGUAGGAGCGGUGCAACGGAAGUGCAGGGUUCGGCUGCCUAUAAUCAACAUUUCGGAGGAUUUGAAGGGAAUGAUUGAUCUGCGUAGUGCCGUUUGUUCGAGCUUUUGAUAGAAUCACUAUAAACUUUACAUUCCACUUUUAAUCUACUUAACUUUUCCAUUCUAUCAGUUUCACUUAUUCACGAUAUGGAAAUACGUAUGUCGACGCUUACUUAGUAAAGAAGAAAAGUGAAGUAGAUUAAAAGUGGAACGUAAAGUUUCACAGUAUUUCAUGUGAUGUUUUCACUUCACAGAUCGCGACUACCGAUUAAAACUGAAAAUUGUCUUUACAUAGCGUGGAAAUUUCUCAACCGGCAGUUAGCCUAGAUAAGAUAUAGGUUCGGGUUCGGCUACAUACUCUAUUUACAAGUUUGAUCUUGAUCAGCCAACAAUGUUUCGACAUUUAA